ACAAAACAACAGAUUUCAUCAAAAGACUCUCACUUAAAAGUUAGGAUUAGGCAACCCUGAAAAGGUAAUAGUUCUCACAUUCACAAAUUCACAGCUGUUUUCAUCUGUUUUCAAGCUUACAUAAAGAAAGAAGUCGCUUAGAAAUUGCUCCAAGCCCAAAUUUGACUUCUUCUUAGUAUUUCCCAUCAUGACUCAAAAAGUUUAAGUAACUACAAAAGCACUUUAUUAUCAUUUUCACUUCUCCUUAGCUUUCUCUCACUAGUUGAAAUGUGACAAAACACAUGUAGCCAUCUAAUAAGACCACCCACACAUCUCUUCCAAUUUCCAACUCACUCACUUUGUUUCCUCACUUUCACAUUCACAUCACAACACAACACAACCACCACCUGUUGCUUUUCCUUCUUCCUUUCUCUUAAUCAUUUUCAUUUGGUUUCCCAUCUUUUUCUUUCCAUCCAAACAUGUCCUUCCUUACCUCAGCUACUUCCACUUUCUUCUUUCUCUCAAUAACACUCAUCUGUUUUUCGGGUACAACAAAACCCGACACCCCGUGCCCGUAUCCAUGUUACCCACCACCCUUAGGAAGUGGAACUGUCACUCCUACAAAUCCAACUCCUUCGGUUUCUACAGUUCCACCGGCAACACCACAGUCUGGUUUACCAUAUCCACCACCUUCUGGUUAUUAUCCUUAUAAUCCAACACCACCUUACGGCGGCAACAACAACGGUGGUGGUGGUGGUAGUGGUGGACCUGGUGGUGGUGUUUAUGGAACUCCACCACCACCUGAUCCUAUUCUACCUUACUUUCCAUUCUACUACAAAAAUCCUCCUAACAAACCUGAUGACUCUCCAGCAUCAUCUAUCACUAAGGGGAAGAAAUUUAUUGGGAUGUUUUUCACUACUAUUAUGUUAUCUUUGUUUCUUGUUUCCGGUUUUGUAUAACAGCUCUUUGUGAAUUUUCAUGUAAUGAGAAACUGCUAUUGAAAACAAGAAUUAGUGGUUGUUAAUUACUUA